AUGGAUGAUGGGGCUGGCUGCAGUAGCAGCCGCUCUUCGGUCUUUGUCGGUCAGCUGUUGAAACCAGCGCGCACGAUCAGAGUGGGUGGUUCUAGCGACGGCCCAGAUUAUGUCUUGCAGACCGCUGUAAGCUCGGUUUCGCCACUCAUGGCAGUGUCCACGUCAGCGCCCGCAAUCAAAUCCUUCGACGUGGUAUCCGGCGCGUCCCUGGGUGACGUGGCAGCGCGCCACCCUGGCACGGUGACGGAUUUAGGGUUUGCGGAGGCGGCAUUUGGAGGGGCGGGGCCGGGGAGCGAGGUGCUUUUGUCGUCGUCCUCCGAAUCGGCGGUUUACGUCUGGGACGCGCGCGCUCGAUCGCAGGCGGGCGUCUUCCCCGCGUACGGGGGGGCGGGCGAGCUGUGGAGCUGCAGCGGGGGAGGCGGAUCAACAGGGCACCUGCUGGCGGCAGGGGGAAACUCCCAGAUCUUCCUGUGGGACAUGCGGUCCAGCCGGCUGCUGGGGCGACUGGAGGAUGCUCACACAGAGGAUGUCACUCAGGUUCGCUUCCACCCGCUCCACCGCACUGCACUCCUCUCGGCCGCGCUCGACGGCCUCAUCUGCCGCUUUGACCUCUCUCCACCGCACGAGGCGUCACUUUCCGCCUCGACAGUAACCACCCCAGCAGCAGCAGCAGCAACAUCAGAGCGAUAUGCCGACGCCGACCCGCUCCAGUCAGUAAUAAGCCCUGGCACAUCCAUCUCUCGCAUUGGCUUCUUUGGCCCGUCUGCCUCUGCUCUUUGGUGCCUCACCAGCGUUGAGACUCUCAGCCUCUGGGAUCUCUGGACCGGCAAUCCCAUUGCGUCUUUUGACGACAUUCGCUCAACUCUCUCCGAAAAGUGGCCCCUCCAAGUGCCUGUGGAUUAUCUGGUAGCCUGUGACUAUUCCCCCGCGCCCUCCCCCCGUCUCCGCCUCUUUGCCGGUUCCCACCUUGGCCAUGCAGCCUCCUUCCCCAUCUCCCUGCCCCCCACCCUCUCCAAUCCAUCCCACCCUCCGGAAACCUCUGCUGCUGCCGCUGCGGCUGCGGCUGCUGCUCGUGAUGAUGAUGAUGCGAUGAUGUCAGAGGAUCCACGUGGCACCAGCAUGAGCGUACCACCUGGCAGCUGCCAGGUCAGCGGCCCGGACAUGCUAUUAUCCGGGGCCCAUUCAGCGGUGGUGAGGGAUGUGGUGAGAGUGGCACUCCCAGCACCUCAUGCAGGAACGGCUGUUGCUUACUGGACAGGAGGGGAGGAUGGGUGCUUGUGCCAAUGGGAAGGGAUUGAGCGGCAAGAGGACGAGGGGGAGGAGGAGGGCGCAGGGGUGAAGGGGGGCAAGCGGAAAGGCAAGGGGAAGGAUCGCUUCAAGCCGUACUAG